AUGAUUUCUUCCAUAUGCGAUGCUUCCAUUUUGAGUCAUGAAUCCCUGCGAGGAUCUGCCUCAUCCAUAUCUCCAGAGUUCCUAUUUUCUAUGGGUUCCAUGGUGGCGCGAGCUUUUCAUGCGGUUUCCUCUGACUCGCAAAGAAAUAAUCACUCCUUGGAGGUUGAGUGUGCGAAUCUUAAGGGGGAACUUUUGAAUAAGACACAGGAGGAAGAUACUCUUCGUCAGAGGAACAAUCAGUUAGUAGCUACUGAGAAUGAAUUUCUUGAAAAAGAGCAGAAUUAUCAGAGAGAUAUUGAAAUCUUACAGGCGAAGUCUUUUGCUGAGAUUGAAAGGUUGGAAGCGAAAUUCGUAGAUCGUGACACCACGUUCUGUCGAUUCAACAAAAAUCUCAAAGCCACCGUUUCCAAUUUAACCAAGGAUGUUAUUCGCAUACGUGACGGAACUAUUAAAGAGGAAGUAGGCGAGCUUUGCUCUGAACAUCACAUUCUAAAAACGCGGGGGCACUGCCUAUGGGAGAGAGGGUUACGAGCACAACAUUUUUUAGAUGCUUUCAGCGGCCCUGCUGCUGCUACUAUUGCAGAUUUAUCAUCCAUCACUAGCGCCAUCAAUUUGUGGCUUGGUGGAGCCUGCUCACAUGCACUAGGAAUGUUUGUUGGAAACGCACCUCCCACACCGUUACUUAAACCAGGUUGUGAUGUAAAGCCAAUAGCUGUUGGAACCAUUUGGAGGAGGCUUGUCUCUAAAUUAGUUGCUGUGCUAGACAGCGAUGCCCUUCCAUUUCUAGAUGGAUCGAGUUUUGCUACGCUAAAUUAG